GGGAGUGAAAGUUCUUAGCCAACCCCACCACCACUCGGCUUUGAACCAAUCAAGCCCAGGGCGAUAUAUGGUACCGAGGCGCUUUCAUAGUGAUGAUCGUUGUCGGUCCGAGAAAUUAAGCUGUGGCGAGCAAGUCUCCCGACUUGUUCAUUGACUCCCCACUGUGGACCUGCGUCAUGAGUUCUACAUAGACAAGUCUUGGUUUGCGCGUCGCGGGUGCGACUGAGCUGAGGAAAAUCUGUCGACCUUUUCUAGGUUUGAAGCUCGUGGACCAUCCCUGGAGUUUCUACCUGCAGUAUACUCACUGCUCCAGUGUGCAGUUCAAGAAUUCGCCGAAGUUUCUACAGCGUUACCUUUCAUCCCGGGCAUGGAUACGUGUGCUGUUUUCUUCUAAUUUUUUCGUAACUGGGGUGUCAUGAGAGCUUAGGGUCUUACGCGUUGGAUUUGGGACGCACUCUCUGCGCUGCCAGCCUUACUUGAAGGACAAGGUCUUCUUGUGAAUAUAAUAGCGCUUGGUGCGCAGCAGAUUUCGCUAGUCCAGUUAGUUGGGUGCGGAACGACAACUCAGCCAAUUGCGAGAAGGAAGGUGGUGCGAGUGGAGGCGCAGGCGAGAGUGGAAACAUCCCCAUGAGAUUACUAGCUGUCUGGAUCCUUCAGAAACUUUAUGUCUACAGCAAGAGAUACACGAGUUUUAUGAAAGCUAAGAAUCUCUUAGCGAUUAGCUGGAGUUGGUAGCCUCACAACUUGUCACAUCUAUAAAGCAGUUUUAAGGCGAGCUGAUCGGAAGGUGGACAACACAAAGACAGCAGCAAAUUUGUAGAAAACUAGUCGCGCAAGUUGAAUAUCAUCAUGGCUGGUGAUACCAAUACCACUGCGAGAACGUUGGAAUACAUGCCCACCUGGGCGCUGGCUUCGGUAGCUGCGGUCUUCGUCAUUAUCUCCAUUGCCUUCGAGCGCUUGUUGCACUCGCUUGGUCAUUAUCUACGGGAGACCAAGCGGAAACCUCUUCUUGCGGCCUUACAGAAGAUGAAAGACGAAUUGAUGUUGAUGGGAUUUAUUUCGUUGACCAUCACUAUAUUGCAAGAUCCAGUGUCUAAAUUGUGCGUUCCAUCCUCCGCUUUCAACAAAUGGACUCCUUGCGAACUUUCCGAGAGACCCACUGAUGUGAUAGCGCCUCCGAGUUCCGAACAUAGCCGGAGACUUCUGGCUUCGGAGACAUCCACAACCAAUACUUGUAAAGAGGGUUACGAGCCAUUUGUGUCACCCAACAUCAUUCAUCAGCUUCACAUCUUUGUCGUUGUUCUAGCAUUGGUUCAUGUGGUGUACUCCUGUCUGACCAUGCUGCUUGCCUUCACUAAGGUCUAUCGCUGGAGAGUGUGGGAGAACGAAGCGCACGACGCAUCACGGAGAGUCACAAUGCCAGAACUUGCACACAACAUAUUUCUUCAACGGCAGUCGACAUUCGUUAGGUACCACACAUCGAGGCCGUGGAGCAGAACCAGACUUCUUGUCUGGAUGGUUUGCUUCUUCCAGCAAUUUUAUAUCCCUCGCUCCGACUACCUGACUCUACGACUCAGCUUCAUCACGACACAUCGUCUUAAAGAUGUGUACGAUUUUCACGCAUAUAUGCUGCGGACCAUGGAAGACGAAUUCGAAACCAUUGUAGGCAUAAGUUGGUGGCUGUGGUUUUGUGUUCUCAGUAUAUGGAUCUUAAAUAUAGAUGGAACCCAGUUGUAUUUUUGGACUUCGUUAGUGCCCGUUGUGAUUAUACUCGUCAUAGGAACGAAGAUGCAGCACGUUAUCUCAACGUUAGCGUUGGAAAUGAAUAAGAACGAUAGAGACAGGCCAGUCCCAGUACAUUUGGUGCCAAUCUUGCUCCAGCCUCGCGAUCAGCUCUUCUGGUUCAAUCGACCAAGGCUUCUCCUCCAUGUCAUUCACUUGGUUCUCUUCGAGACUGCCUUCGAAUUUGCCACCUUCAUCUGGCAUGUGUGGCAAUUUGGCUUCCACACUUGUCUCUUGGAGAAGAACAAAGCGUUUGUUGGGGGUCGUCUUGCCAUCGGGUUGGCUGUGCUGCUCUUUUCCAGUUACAGCACACUACCACUCUACGCCCUUGUUACUCAGAUGGGCAGCAGCUACAAGAAAGCGGUUAUGUCGAAGCAUGUGGAGCGAGCUUUGCGACAAUGGCACACGGACGCCAAAAACAGGCUGAAGUCGAAUACUUCUAGCGUGACUGGUGACACGCCUGACAGCUCAAUUCCAAGCUCCAGCGUCAUCAUCCAUUUCAAAUCGAAGUCGAACAACCGCAAUAUCUCGCCGUUAGGACGUAGUGGCAGGAUCUCAUCCACAGGGGAUUUGUCGACCAUGGAGGAAGGUUCUCUCUUUACUAGGAGUCCUGCUAGUACCACUACAACCAGCAGCACAGUGCCGUCAUUGAGUCUGAUGUCACCUACAACGCCGCUUGAAAGGGGAAAACACUGACCAACAUUCGAGUAGGACCAAUUCUACUGAACCGAAUCGGACCUGUCAACGGAAUUCAACCAACACCCUGUUUCAAUAGCCCAACAACGACCUGUUUCAACACUGUGCUUUAAUUCCGAAUGUCCCACCCCGCUUUUUCCAAAGCCGAGUACUCAAUCGUCAACGCUCCAGUGCAACCAUUGAAGAGCGUCCACAAUUCACAGCCGUUACACCAACUGAUCAUUUUUAUCAGUACCAAUCUGUUGACUAUGGUUCAGACUCUCCCGGAGCUCAAUCAACAUUGCCAUUAGCAGAACGAAUAGCUCGGAUCAGAUCAGAUCCAAUGUAAGUAUGUACGCAACUACUAUUCUAGAUACCACAUUCCAAGGUUAGCAUGUAAUCUACUGCUUUUGUAGCUCGGUGGUCUUUGUCGAAUACCAACCAACCUGGAGCUCAUUUCACAGCAUUAGUGAUACUGGAACAUGAUGACUGCGACUAAAAUUUUAUCAGAUUAGCGUUGGGAGUGGGGCGCUGAUUAAGACGACCAGCUCCUCCUCCCCGCAUGUAAACUAGAAUCAACGUGAAUCAACCUAUAACUGUAAAUGCAAAGAAGACAUAGAUUUACCAAGCUUCAAUGUAGAUGCCUCAAUAAUGUGUAGAGGUAUCACGUCACCACAUUCAAAGAAAGAUCGAAUAGUGGGACCGACUUUUCAGUUUUAGAAUACUGAAAAGUCUAGAAUACUGAAAAACCAUUCCUUAAAAAAAAAACUGUUUAUACUUUA